GAGUGAGAGGAGCCGGAGGAGGUAGUCUGGAAUUUUCCUUUUAUCUUUCUUAGAGGACCAGGAAUCUCCCGGACCACCACAUUUGCCUUUUUUAUUUUUUUUUCUUUUCUUCUUUCCUCUUUCCAAUUAAUGUAAUAAAUUUUUCCUUGGAGAGAUUCCUUCGGUUUUCCUUCCAAGGCAUACGCGAUUCCUCUCCUAUUUCUUUCAAUUUCCUCUCUUCCACGGCCACAAAGCCUGUAAAGAAUUUUCGAUUUAAUACAGAUCUCGUCUCUUAAUCCCUCAUCUCUCAGCAAAUCGAAAUAAAGGAGGAAGUUCGUUUGAGAAAAAUCCAUGGCGGAAGAACAUCGAUGCCAGGCACCGCGUCUGUGCGCGAACAACUGCGGAUUCUUCGGGAGUCCGGCGACGCAGAAUCUCUGCUCCAAAUGCUUCAGAGAUCUCCAGCUCAAGGAACAGCAAGAGCUUGCUCUCAACCAGACCCUAAUAUCCUCUUCCGCUUCUUCAUCAUCAUCAGUUUCUCCGUCGACGUCGAUUUCCGUUCAGUCACCGGCUCCGAUCCUUUCCAUGGAGGUUGAAGCGGAGGAGAAGGUGCGCGUGGAGGCUGACGCGCCGGCGGUGAUGGCGGUUCCGAGAAGGUGUGGGACGUGCAGGAGGCGCGUGGGACUCACGGGGUUCAAGUGCAGGUGCGGGAUGAUGUUCUGCGGGUCCCACCGGUACCCCGAACAGCACGGCUGCACGUUCGACUUUAAGGGGAUGGGAAAAGACCAGAUUGCCAAGGCGAACCCCGUCGUCAAGGCUGAUAAGCUUCAGAAGAUUUGAGGAGGGUGUUAUGGUCUUUUCCUAGAAAUUUACGGUUUGAUUUUCUUUAUUUUUAGUUUGUUGAAUGGGUCAUGGAAGACACGGGAUAAUUGGGGGUUGGAAUGGUGGUCCUUGUCAGUUUACGGACUGAUUGUAAAAAAAAUUUAAUGAUAAUUUCUGGUUUCUGCACUUUCA